AUUCACGGUCAAACUAUGAGUUGAGCUGACAAGAAAAAAAAAUCUUUUUGUUGUAAAUAAAAAGAGGUUCUUUCAACCCAUAUCAUAUCCGCCAAACCAUGACGGAGACACCUCGGAAUCCGGUGCCAGAGAGCAACCUGGUCAAGACAGAGAAAGUGAUUGAUGCCUCGGCCGAGGAGGUCGCCAAAAGUCAAGAGUUGAUACAAGCUGUGGCGGACGGAAAUGCUGAAAAGGUCGAACGAUUACUCAAGGACGGUGCAAACCACAGUGCUCGCGCCGCUCACGGAAGAACUAUGCUGCAUUUUGCGACCAUGAUCGGUAGUCUUCCAAUUGUGAAGCUGCUUUUGAGCUAUGGACACCCCUGGAACCUCGUGGACGAUGACUACAAGUCUGUGGGAGACUAUGCCAAAUCAUUCAACCAACCCGAGAUCUAUGAAUUUCUGCUCGAGGAGGGUGUUCGCACAGAGCUUUUGAUGGGACUUAUGCAACGAAAGCUUAAGACUGAAUUGCUGGAGGCGCAACAGGAUGAUGACAACGAGGAAGAAGAGGGAGAAGAGGGAUAUAAGCAAGAGGAAGUUGACGGUAAGGAGACCACGGCAGCCUCAGGACAAGAGGCCUUAUCGUCUUCAAGGGAGAACGAAUCAGAGCCAGCGACCAAGAAGCAAAAGGUUGAAACAUUGCCCGAGGUACCCAAUGCCUCAUAUCUAGCACAACCACUUCAGUACACAGACGAUGGCGACCGACUGCUGGAUGCUGAUAAGAAUGGAGUCAUGAUGGGCUGGGAGUUGCCAUUGAUGGUCCGUCACGCCGAAGUUAUCGCUCCUGAGGAAGGCCUUCGAGUUCUCAAUGUUGGAUUCGGACUGGGACUGAUUGACAAGGAGCUCCAGAAAAAGUCUCCCACGCAACAUACGAUCAUCGAGGCGCAUCCGGACGUGUAUGCCCAUAUGGUAAAGGAAGGCUGGGACAAGAAACCCGGCGUUAAGAUCUUGUUUGGACGGUGGCAGGAUGUGGUGGAUCAGCUGGAGGUAUACGACGGUAUCUUUUUCGACACAUUCGGCGAGUACUAUGAGGACCUGAGGGCGUUCCAUGAGAUUGUGCCAAAUCAUUUGGAGGAAGGCGGUGUCUAUUCCUAUUUCAAUGGACUUGGUGCUACGAAUCAGUUCUUCCACGCAGUGUACAAUCGAAUCUCGGAACUAGAACUGAGCGAAAUGGGGUUCACGGUCGAGUACGAGGAAAUGGACAUUGGAUUGAAGGAAGAAGAAUGGAACGGCGUUAAGCGGGCAUACUGGACCCUGGACAAAUACUAUCUUCCUGUUUGUCGUCUCGAUGGAUUCUGAGGCACUUAGACACAGCCCUGCAUUUUUGUCUUGUAGACCAACAUCAAAUACAAUUACCAUGCUGCGCUUUCAAACAUGAUUGCCAGGAACUACUCCUUCCCGGAAGGUAGAGAAGUUGAAGCAAGGUACACAUGCACUGCGUGGGUUGCUCGCGAUAGAUGACAGAAUCCUUUUCCAUGGCACGGUGGUACAACUUUUUUGCUAAAGGUAAAAUUUUCUGGCCGUCUGUGCACUCAACGAACGUCCGUUUUGCC